GUCUGACUUUUGCUUUUCACAAUUAGAGGAGAAGAUAGCUUUCGAACUUCCCCCACUUCUCCUUCUUGCACGAGUUACUCAAAGAUUUGGAUCUACCCAUCCAUUCUGAAUUUUCACUCUCUCAAUCGGAGAACGGAGAAAGGGAAAGAUUUAGCAGUUGGAGGGGGAAAAGGUGGGGCGGAAACACGAUUUAGGGCAUGGCGGCGGUUGCGAUACAUCAGUUCGCGCAGUGCAUCACCUGCCACGCAUGGAGUCCUGAUCGAUCCAUGGUUGCAUUUUGUCCCAAUAACCAUGAGGUGCAUAUCUACAAAUUCUUUGGCGAAAAGUGGGAGAGGAUACAUGUUCUCCAAAAGCAUGAUCAAAUUGUAUCUGGAAUAGAUUGGAGCAUAAAAACUAACAAAAUUGUAACUGUUUCGCAUGAUCGUAACUCAUAUGUAUGGAAUCAAGAAGCAUCAGAGUGGGUGCCCACCCUUGUCAUUCUCAGGCUUAAUCGUGCUGCACUUUGUGUCCAAUGGAGUCCAAAAGAAAACAAGUUUGCUGUCGGAAGUGGUGCUAAAACUGUUUGCAUAUGCUACUAUGAACAAGAGAAUAAUUGGUGGGUCAGCAAGCUUAUACGAAAAAAGCAUAAUUCCUCUGUUACAAGUGUUGCAUGGCAUCCCAAUAAUAUUCUUCUUGCAACAACAUCUACUGAUGGAAAAUGUAGGGUGUUUUCUACUUUCAUCAAAGGUGUGGAUUCAAGAGACUCGGGAUUAAAUUUUUUUCCUUGGAAAGGAUCAGGAUCAGGUGCUUCUGGUGAUGUAAAAUUUGGAGAGCAAAUUGCCCAACUUGAUCUUUCUUUCACAUGGGCAUUUGGUGUGAGGUGGUCUCCAAGUGGAAACACCUUGGCAUAUGCAGGUCACAAUUCUAUGAUUUACUUCAUUGAAGACGUGGGAUCUUCUCCCAAGGCACAAAAUGUAGCCUUGCGUGAUUUGCCUUUAUGUGAUAUUCUCUUUGUUUCUGAAAAAAUGGUUAUUGGUGUUGGGUUUGACUGCAACCCUAUGAUCUUCACUUCAGAUGAAACAGGACUAUGGAGCUUUGUAAAAUUCUUAGAUGAGAGAAAAAUUGAACCAUCAAGUUCCAAGUAUGGUUCACAGCUUUCUGAAGCCUUAGGCAAGUUGUAUGGUCAGUCAAAAGGAGCAAACUCUGACACUGUUGAAUCAUCUCGACUGAGGGGUGGUGCUCAUGAAAACUGCAUAAGCUGCAUCAUUCCUUUGAGGAAACCAGGUGAAAGUGUUGUGAGACGCUUUAGUACUUCAGGAUUGGAUGGUAAAGUGGUGAUUUGGGAGUUAGAUAAUAGCAUAGGCAUUCCACAAUAGCUUGACACAAUACUCAUCCACACAAUGAUUGGUAUACUCCAAGUUUUUUUUUCGUGUUAUUUCUCCAGUAUUCCUGAGAGUGGGUGCAGAUGUUAUGCACCCAAAUCUUUCUUGAAAGUGCUCCAUAUUUGAUUGUUCUGAUGUAAUGUAUAUUCAUCAGAUUGUUCAAUUGAGUGCAUGUCAUUCAAUUUUAGCCAUAUGAUUAUGUAGAGUUACUUUGUGUUGGUACCUUUUCCCCUAAUAUUUUUCUGCUGAAUGGAGUUUGUUGCACGAUCCAAUCAGCUGGGCGUUAUAUUGAAUGUAGUUUCAGAAACAUGAAUGUAGAUUUAACAAUACAUGUAAAGGUGGGAAAAUGUUAUCUUA